AUGCCGGAGGUGUCCCUCGCAUGUCUGUCAUCGUGGGCUCCGCGCUCGCCAGCCCUUCCGGACCCUCCAAUCAAUGCUACCACAUCAGGUUCCUCAUCAAUAUAUUCAACAACGACAAGCAGUGCCGGCUCCACUUCGACGCAAAAGCUCGUAGCCGCUGCAUUCGCGGCUACUGCAAUUCCUUUACUGGGCUCGGGGGUCUGA